AUGUUAUUAUUUAUAUUAUUUCCAAUAGUAUUUACACAAACCUAAGUGUGCCAAACUUCAGAUUUCAACUCUGGAUAUAUAAAGGUAUAAUAUACUAUAUUAUUUAGGGUGAUCAUAUUGUCAUAUGUCUAUUCUUCCAAACCCCUGAUAAUCAACAAUACAGAUAAGUAUAUUAAUUAAAAGUUGACUAAUAUACUGCACUCUUAGUUUCUGGAGCAUAUUAAACUCUAUCAAGUAAACAGAGUAGUUUAUGGGCUAAUUCUGGUAGUAUUUCUACUACUUAUGGUACUCCAUACUCAUAACCUGGUGGUGCAUUCCCAAUUUAAUCAAUUGUUAUUCAAAUGAUUUAAGGCAGUGUCAUUGAUGUUUUUUGGGAUAAUGUUUGUUUUGAUGGUAGUUAAUGUAAAGAAAAUACAAUCACAACAACUACAGGAUAAAGUAUUUCAGAAAAUAAUGAUUUUGUCACUUCUUGUAAUGGUGGUGCUUGUGAUCCAAAGAUAUAUGUAAGUUUUUUGGGAACUGAUGCUAAUGGCUAGUAUUAUACUAGUAGUGGUAUAAAAUUGAUUAUAUAAUAAAUAGGAAUUCGUAUGUCAAAGUUUAGAUAAUACUCAGCAGCAUAAAUCUUUACAAAUACUUAAAAUGCAUUUAAUAAUGUAAUAGAUGAGUAUUCAAAUUAUACGUUAUCAGCAAAAUGA